UUGGCUGUAUGAAUCUAGGUACAUUUGCUUCAAAAUUCCGCGCCAAUUAAAAACGAAAAUAAAAUGUCAGUUUGGAUACAGGUUAUUUUUCGUUUAUUUAGUAAAAAUGUAAUCGUUAACAUAAAUUAGUGGUCUCACUAUCAUUUUAACAAAGAUGACAACCUCACCGACCAGGACAAAGCAAAAACUCUCGCUGCGGAAACGCUUGUUCGUUAAAAAAUCGCCAAAAGUCGGUUGCUAUGUUGACACUGAUUCUAAUGACGAAUUAUCCCAGCCUACAUCGCGUCCUAUAUCUCCCUCGGAUCCGUUCCUAGCCCACAGUGCACACACUACUGAUACCGGUAUCGACUCCCUGGAAUCAAAGCCAAAUUCUAAUACAGAACCCAUCGUUCACAAUAUUCAUCAUAACUCCAAUAACAGUAAGAAUGACGAUGAUAUCAACCCAAAAUGCUGUCGAACGUUCUUUAGACGGUCACGUCCUAAGAGCUUGGUGGACGCACCGACCUCAAAAGAAGAGAAUUCGGAUCCUUGCAGCCCAGUCACAAAUUCAAUAAACAGUUUGAGUGAUCAAACUAUAUCAUGUUCUCAGUCUAAAUCGGACGAAGUAGCGAGAGCUACAGUGCAAUUCCCCAAGAAUGACGAUAGUAAAAAGUUGUUUGAACAUUCCGGAUCAUUUGAAGGUAUAAAAACAAAAAACAAAUUGUUCGUCAAGCGGUUGUCAGCUGACCAUUUGAUUUCGAAUGAAUCAAAGCCAUUGUACCGUUCUUCAUCGCCUGAAAGCGAUCGGAGUAGUUCUCUAGACAGGAAGAGAAGGUCCAAGUCAACAAUAGCACGAUCCCGAGCAGGCAGCACAGACAGCUUGGCUCGCAACUCACUCCUCGCUGCACAAGUUUUACGUCUCAUACCAACACAAGAAGCCAGGGAAAGAAAUUACCUCUAUGGCAGGCUGGCAUCACAUUCAUUGCUAGGAGCUGCAGAACUAGAACAUGUAUUCCCAGACAGAGAAGUGAAAAUAUUUGUUGGCACUUGGAACAUGAAUGGGCAGGCCCCACCAAGAGAAUUAGCAGAUUUCAUUUUCCCAGACCAAGUGAAACAUGUACCAGAUAUAUUUGCAAUCGGCACUCAGGAAUCAUAUUCAGAAAGAACAGAAUGGGAGAUAACAAUUCAAGAAGUACUGGGACCAUCUCAUUUAUUACUUCAUUCUUAUUAUUUAGGUACAAUACAUCUAACAGUAUUCAUAAGGAGAGACCUCAUAUGGUUCUGUUCGUUGCCUGAAGAUGCCAGCCUAUCCGUCAGACCUGGAACAGCUUUCCGUACAAAGGGAGCUGUGGCCAUAUCCUUUGCUUUAUUCGGAUCAACAUUUCUUUUUGUAACGGCUCAUUUGACAGCGCACCAGGAGAAAGUCAAAGAGCGAGUGUCUGACAUCAAAAGGAUAAUUAGAGCUAUCGAUUUGCCAAAGAAUUUGCCGUGCAGGCAUAAAAGUAAAGAUGUAACCAAUAAUUUCGACUACGUGUUUUGGUGUGGCGACUUGAACUUUCGACUUGGCGAGCCGAGAGCGGCAGUAAUGCGGUGGAUUGAACAAACACAGUUCCCGUUACCUCCAUACUUACCCCAUGGACUUCUCCACGCGGACCAGCUGACUGCGGUGCUAGAGGAUGGCGCUGCGUUCAGGGAUUUCAGGGAAGCACCGAUCACCUUCCCUCCUACUUAUAAGUACGACCCCGGGAGCCAACAGUUCGACACCUCCAGCAAGCAACGCGCCCCCGCCUACACCGACCGGAUACUCUACAAGUCUCGGACUAUGACAUCUAACGUGUCUUCUGCCUUUUCAGGUCUGCGUCGCAUCAGCACCGCGCCGGUGUCGUCCUCCGGCGUGAAGUGCCUCGCGUACAACUCCGUGCAGUCGGUGUGCACGAGCGACCACAAGCCCGUGUGGGCGUUGUUCUCCACCACGCUGCGGCCGGGCACUGAUGUCGUUCCCCUAGCGGCCGGUAUGUUCAACCGCGACGUGUACUUGGAGGGCAUCAAACGCAGACGCGCGCUCCUCGACCACGCGCCCGGCACCUCCGCGGUAUGCAAUCUGCAAUAACAUACAUGUUCGACGCAACUGUUUCUAUGCGGGCCAAAUUUCUGUCUUGUUACAUCAGUAUUAGGUGAUAGACUCCAUGUUUAUAUUUAACCAGCUUAUCUGUCCAUAUUUUUACCAGAUCUAUAGCCAAUAAAACAAAUAGUCGAAUUAUUUUACUGCGACGGAUAUAUUCGUCAUGGUAUCUUUUUAUACAUUUUAAACUGUUUAGGAAAAAUCUUGUCAAAUGAUUAACUGACAUUAGUGAUGGAUAUUCCAUGUCAAUUGGUAACUUACUAAAACAACACAGUCGAUAAAAUUCGUCGUUUAAGACUCUUAGAAAGUUUGUUAAUAGAAAUAGCAGGAAAUCUUAUCCAUCCAUAAAGCAACCUACAAACAAUAACUUUUUGUGUUAAAAAAUAAACAUUAUAAUAUUUUCAAAUUAGGAAGGGUAGGGAAUAUAAUUUAUCGUGUAUUAUUUUUUUUUUAUAUAGGAAAUUUUAAGCGAACAUAUCUAAUAUAUUAAUUUGUUGAUAAUGUAGCCGUAUUUCGUAGUGUUUUGUUAUUUUCUAAUUUUGUUGUCACACUCACUCGACAUAUCCUUUAUUCUUAUCGAUGUUUCUUUUUUACAGUAUAAUGUUAUUUUUAUACAACAUGACAUUCAACAAAGAAAACUCGAUUGCUUCAUACGGUAAAACGUUCUCAUUACCCAAAUAUGUUCCAAAAUAACUACGUAUGUAGUAAGUAACAUAAGAAAAAUACAAUACUAGGCUACA